AAACUCAUAUCGGGUGCAAUUCCAGUGGCUGUAUGCGGGCCUCCAGGGAUUGUGCGUGCUUCUGCCCCGGCCUCGGAGAUCUCAGUACUCGGCCAGUCGCCAGAAGGUCGCAACACGUUGCCAACAGUCGUCCUCUACUGGCACUGACCUCGCGCGCUCCGUGCUCUUCAGUACCCAUUGAACCCCGGACCCUGUCUAUCCUUCCGCAUGCCUCUUCCCUAGGCCGGCGAACGUCCAUUUCGUGCCCUUCUACGUACGGGGGCUCUCUCGCGUCUCUUCCUGCGAAGCGGGUAUGCCAAGAUUAAAGGUCGGAAGCCCCCCGCUUCCUACGGACUUCUGCAAUACAUCGCGGCCCGCUGACCAACGCUGCCGCCGUUCCGCUGUCCUUCCCUGUGGUGUGCCAGCCAUUUGGGGGUCUGUUCAGUCUUUUACUGGUCGACCUGGUCUAGAAGUGACACGACCCUGUCUGUCUGCGUGCGCCACAAAUUCACCGGAGCGAAAACGGGCGACAGAUGUCCGAUUGGCAUUCCGACGGCGCAUGGCCAGUCUCCUCGUCCUUCCGAAGCUACGUCCAAAUGCCACAGGCAGCACUAUCCGCUAUCUCGCAACGCCAAAUGCCAAUCACUCCGUCAAUCAGAAACCAGAUCACCGGAGCGUGUGGGUACUUGCUCGCCACCACCUGCCAGUUGCCACCACGCAGCGCGAUAUCGAUCUGUGCAAGCUGGUCGGCGCGGUACCGGUGUGUGUCGCGUGGCACGAGGCGGAUAGCAUGGCCGUAACUUUGUCUUGGUUCUGUUCGGUCUUGGUCAGCGCAAUGAACGCGAGUGGACGUCGGCUGCGGCCAAGCGGCGUGUGUGGCUCGGCGAGUACGAUAUCGAUCGUAUAUCCGCCAUCGCUACAUACAUGGCACAUUGUGGAUCAAAGCUUGGCCUCAACGCUGCCCCUGGUCUCCGUAGAUCGACUGUGCCUCGUGUCUACGCAGCGGUGCAGGCAUAUACGCCUGAACUUGCGAUUAUCGGGCGCGUGCCAACGUCCCGACACGCGAAAACCAAUUUGCUCAGUUGACCACGGCCGGUGUAGCUGGUAGGCCUAUCGAGAACGUUCGUUCCGACACGUUUUGUUCGUGUCUCAAGGCCUACUGGGUCCUCGACUUGCAUGGGCUACCACGGAAGAUCUCUUUACGCCCCAAGCUAGCAUUGCUCGUUGGCAGCGCGGGUUCAGCGCAGCCAUCGGCAUUCAGUCCAGAAAACAGAGUUGGCCGAAACUCGCGCCCGUUCGCAGCAGUUCUACUUUGCAAUUGUCUGUCAGGGCACGCGGGCCCGCGGAAUAUAUUACGGGAGUGCGGACUCGCGCUGACACUGGCAGGGCACA